AUGCCUGGACCUUCUCCUGAUCAUUUUCUGUUAGGAAAUUUCUGGGAAAUGAUUAAACCUACGGGUGGAAUGGAGUGGGCAGAAAAAUAUGGCAAUGUAUAUAGGUGUUAUGGAUUAUUCAAUGAACCAAGGGUUUAUAUUCUUGACGAAAAAAAUGUUCAAAAAGUACUUGUUAAUGACGCAUAUACUAAAUUUAGUAAAACAAUACCAAAUCUGGGAUAUUUAAAGAGGAUUCUUGGAGAAGGUAUUUCAAUGGUAAAUGGUGAUGUGCACAAGAGACAACGUAAACUGAUGAAUCCAUCAUUCGGAUUUGAUUCUGAAAUAAAUUCUUUGACAGGAACAUCAAGACUUGCAGACUCAUUAAGUGCUCUUUUUGAUAAUAAACAUGGGUCAGUGUUUCAUUCACUAUCAUUUAUUUUUCCCAUAUUGAGAUCGCUGCCAUUAAAAAUAAAUCAAGAAAUCGAAGAUGCUACAAUUGAAAUUGAAAAAAUUACAAGGAAAUUAGUUCAAGAUAAAUUUGAUAAAUUUAAAGAAGGUAAAUUAGAUAGCAAUGAUUUGGUAAGUGUUUUGGUGAAAGCUAGUUAUGGACAGGAAAUAGAUCCAAGUGAACAAAUGAGUUUUGAAGAAAUAAGAAAUCAGAUUAUGACAUUUUUGAUAGCAGGACAUGAGACAACCGGUGUUAUGAUGACUUGGGCAUUGUAUUAUUUGUCUAAAGAUCAAGAAAUUCAGGACAAACUCAGAGAAGAAAUUGUUAAAGAAUUUCCUGAUAAGGAUUCUGAGCUAAAUUUUGAUCAAAUCAAUUCCAUGGAAUAUUUAAAUGCGGUUUGUAAAGAAACACUCAGAAUUGCCCCUCCAGUCUUAUUUUUGAUUCGUGCGGCAGAUGAAGAUGUCAUGAUUGAUGAAUAUCUUAUUCCAAAGGGCACGCCAAUUUUCAUACCAACUUAUCAAAUUCAUCAUUUGGCAUCAAUUUGGGGUGAUGAUGUUGAAAAAUUUAAUCCAUCACGUUGGUUUACAGAAAAAGUCAAAGGUCUUUCUCAUUACAAUUAUCUACCAUUUUCAGCCGGGCCAAAAUCAUGUAUUGCUAGUAAGCUUGCAUUAAAUGAAGUGAAAAUUAUCUUGUGCAAUUUACUAAGAAAUUUCCGGUUCCAUGAAGUCGAAGGUUUCAAAGUUGCAUCUAAAAUGAAUAUUACUUUUAGACCUGAUCCUACUGUGAAGUUGUGGGUUAGCGAAGUUGAUUAUUAA